AUGAGGAAAACCCAAGUUGAUUCAUUUGAGGAACGUUUGACAGUGAGCAAACACCGGAACUUACCAUUAGGCCCCGCUGCAAAGCAGUGGAAGAAUGCUGGGCAGAGCAGCUAUCCUGUUGUGGACACCGCGUCUUCGGAAUUUGUCAUGUUCCAUCCGCAUCUUCCCGGAUAUUCCGUGGGUGA